AUGAUUUCAAUUUCUCGACGACUAAUAACUACUUUAACCCUAUUUAUAAUUUUACUUUUACUCAUCAUUACUGUAUGCCGAAUUCCAUUGAAGCAUAAUUCAAGAAAAUUUUUAAUUACGGUAGUCGACUAUCGUCGGAAUCCGAUAUCAAAUAUGUCGGUUCGAAUCACUGCAGCUGAAUAUCAUGAUCAAGAAUCUUACACAAAUAAGCUAGGACAAGCGAUGUUUUAUCUGGAAAAUGAUCUUAGCAAUAUGGAUUAUUUGUAUUUAACAGUCGAUGAUAUAAACGAAAAAUUUUUACUCGUCAAUGAACAAUUAACAAUAAGACUCAAGAAUAUUAAUCAAGAUACCGGGGAACCAUAUGACGAGGAAAUGUUUAAAUUUAAUUAA